AUGAAAAUCCUUUUUGCUCUUCCGCUCCUGAUAACGACGUUCUUUGCCCAAGGAUUUGCGGAAGAACUAGAUUUCUCAAAUGUAUCUAAAGGUCCUCUUGCCGACAUGCGGAACUUUAACGAUUUCCUGACUCAUACCGGACAGGCGCUCAACGAAACAGAUCGGACAUUUCGCGAGGGUGUCUUCAAAUCCUCAAAAAAUAGUGUGGAUGCCGGUAACAAAGCCUUCGCCAAAGGUGUCGUUAAAUUCCAGUCGGCGAUCAACAUCUUUGCCGGACGGACACUCGAGGAACUCGUCAGAGAGUUGACCGGUCGGAAGAGGUCACCUGAGGCAGAUGCACUGACUGCUGCCAAGCGCACACUGUUCGUCAUUCCGGAUGAUUUGCCCAUUCCGGACGCCUUCGAUUGGCGGGAGAAGGGCGGAGUUACCCCGGUGAAGGAUCAGAAAUCUUGUGGAUCCUGCUGGGCCUUUGCCACCACCGGAGCCAUCGAGGGUCACACCUUCGCCGCCACGGGCAAGCUGCCCAAUCUCUCCGAGCAGAACCUGGUCGAUUGUGGACCAAAGGAGGACUUCUACCUCAAUGGCUGCGAUGGUGGUUGCCAAGAGUCCGCUCUUUGCUGGAUUUCUGACAGUCAGAAGGGAGUGUCAUUAUCCGAAAAAUAUCCGUAUGUGAACGACCAGGAAUCCUGCAAGUUCCAACCCAGCCAGUUGGGCGCCCAUGUCCAUGGAUUCGGCGUAAUUCCCCCCGGAGACGAGGAGCUGAUGAAGAAGGUGGUGGCCACUUUGGGACCCAUUGCCUGCUCGAUUAGUUUAGCUGAAUCCCUCUUCUUAUACGCAAGUGGCGUUUACGACGACGAAGAAUGCGAAGAUUACGAGAUAAUCCACUCCAUCUUAGUCGUGGGAUAUGGAUCAGAGAAAGGACUGGAUUACUGGAUCGUCAAGAACUCGUGGGACGACAUUUGGGGCGAAGGGGGCUACUUCCGCUUGGAGCGGGGCAAAAACCGUUGCCAAAUCGCAGAAGAGUGCUCCUUUCCAUUGAUUACUCCCUUGUAA